CCGGUGGCGGUGCUCGCUCCUCCCUCCCUCCCUGCUCCCCUCAGUUGGGUCUGAGCGGCCGCCGAGGCUGCAGCCGGGCCGGGCCGGGGACGGGGGCUGGCGGUGGCGGGCCGCGCUCCGGCGCCGUGAGGAGCGGACACAGCGGACACCGGCAGCGAGGAGCGGACUCUGGCGGACCGGGCACCAGGAGCGGCAGCAUUGGCCCGCGGGGAGAGUGGACACCGGCAGCGGCAGCGGCAGCGGCUCGGCAUCAGGCGCAGAGAGGAGCGGACACCGGCGGAGCGGACACCGGGAGCGGCAGCAUUGGCCCGCGGGGAGAGUGGACAACGGCAGCGGCAGCGGCAGCGGCAGCGGCAUCAGGCGCAGAGAGGAGCGGACACCGGCGGUGCGGACACCGGGAGCGGCUGCGGCUCCUUGGACAGAGCGGACAGUGGCUCCGGACAUUGGGCACCGGCUCAGCUUGAGUGAGGGGCGGCCAGUGAUCCGCGGACAGACCGGGCUCCGGUCGCGGUCCCGGCAGCGUGUAUCCCGCUGGGUGGCGGGGCGAUGCUGCCGUGGAGGAGAGGCAAGGCAGAGUUGCUGCAGCGGCUGCGGGCCAAGCGGCGGGGUUACCCGGGGAGUGAGUGCGGCGGCCGGGGCGGGGGUGGAGGUGAGAGCGGGGGGCUGGCGGCGCUGGACAGCGCAGUGGGGCGGGUGUGCGGGGCUCUACGCUGGCGGCGGGGCAAGGCGAGCAUCACCGCGGACGCUCCCAGCCACUCGGUGCUGUACCUGGGCCACGCCGCCACCCUGCAGUCCCGGGGCGAGGGCUGUGCGGACGCGGCCGUGGCUCGGAUCUGGAGCCGCAGCGAGCAGGGCCGGAGUGGCAGCCGCAUGAGGAUGAGCAUCAGUGGGCAGGGGCUGCGCCUUGUGGCCGAGGCCCGUGGACAGGUGCGCCGGCCCGGCCACCUCUACCUGCUACACCGACUCACCUACUGCGCCGCCGGCCCGCGCUGUCCUCGGCUCUUCUGCUGGAUUUACCGGCAUGAGGUGAAGCACAAGGCGGUGGCUCUCCGCUGCCACGCCGCCCUGAUGUCCCGGGCAGAUGCUGCCAGGGCCAUGGCUCUGCUCCUGUACCAGACCUCCACCACUGCCCUGGCCGACUUCCAGCGGCUCAAACGCCGCGACGAUGCCAGGCGGCAGCGGCACCAACCCGCACCCCCGGCGCCGCUCCGGCAGCUCCUCAACCGGCAGUGUAGCUACCGACCGCCCGCCGAGCGGAGCCGCAGCGCUCCCCGGCUCCGGGCCAUCAGUGAGGACGCGGCCGGGGAGGAGAGGGAGCGGGGGGCCGGGGACAGUGGGGAGGGUGACGGGGACAGCGGGCUGGAGCCGCUCAUGGCCGGGCUCAGCAUCGGACACCACUCGCCGAGGCUGCGGGGAGUCGCACGGGCACCGGACACUGGGGGGGAGGUCGGGCAACGGGACGCGGGGUGAUGGAGACAGCGCCGGCGGGCACCGGGGUACAGGUGGCCACAACAUGCCCCCUCCCCUCAUCGCCUGCGCCCGUCUCACUCUGAACUUCUCACGGAAGCGGCGGCCCGCACUCUGUGUGUGUCAGUGUAAGUGUGUGUGUCAGUGUGUGCGGG